AUGGAUCAAUGUUGUAGUUAUGAUAUGCCCAGCUACACCGAGGUGCCGGAAAGCAUCGGGACUUUCGAAAGCGCUGAUACGCACAGGAAGGAUUCCACCGAAUUUGACAGUAGCGGUCCACCUAAACCCGAGGUCGAGCGUCAAAGAGACGUCGCCUCCAAAAAGCGCAAGGCCGAGGAUGAUAAUAGAUCCAGUGUCGAUUUGAGUAAGGCCACAAACUUCAAUGCUCAGUCUCACAGCUUAGCAGAAACUACGCAUGGACCAAAGUUCCUUGGUCAGUCGGGACGCCAUGUAGCAGUCUUGUCCCCUGUACCUCAAGGUAUCCAAUAUCAAACACCUCCACAAUGCGACAUUUCAACCGAAAAAGAAAAUGGAAUACAGCAGGUCUUGGCUGGAAUGAUACAGGAUCUCCCAUCUAUGGAGAAACCCAAGAUUGAAGCGAACAAGUUCAAUUGUCUACUCGAUGAUGACGAACAAAAAGAUCUGGAAGAAAUACGUGGGGGUUCUGGCGUAUCGAUCAAAUUAAUCCAUCUGAUAAGCCAAAUUACCUACUGUGCGGCCUAUUGGAAACGGAGGCCCGACAGCCUCGUUCUCCCAGUCACAGGGAGAUACUUAGUCAAAGCUUUAUCUAAUAUUCAGAUAUGGCAAAAUCGGGCGCGAAACCAGCGUGCGGAUUCGGCCGCCAAUCCGAAUCCGGCAAUAGAAAAUCCCGCGAGCGAGUUGUGGAGGAUUGCAGCGGCUGUCUAUCUUCAAUGUCGUCUCUUCAGGCUGGCGAGACUUCACGUUCAUGUUGUUGCAAACGUUAAGUACCUCAGCGAAUGCAUAGAUAUCAUGCUAAAGUUAGGGCCUGACUCUCCUGUCCAGGUACCCUCCUUACCGGCCUUUAUGCUGGGCAUGCUUGCUUCUACCUCUGAACAAAAGGAAAUAUCGAAUCAUUGGCUAAAGUACAAUGUAGAGGCAAAAGAUCGAAGAGCCAUCAAGAAGAUAUGGGCUAGGAUCGCUGACGAGGUGGAGAUCAAGGAUGAAAAGGUGACUGUAGGGGAGUCCUGGUGGGAGACACAGGUAGUGAGGAAGGUACCUAUGGACAAGUGGCAGGAAAUGUGUCGGAUCUGA